CUCAGCUGGGAGGGGAUGGAGUGGAAUGGGGCGAGACGGGGCGUGAGACGCUCCGAGCUCCCGACGACCGAAAUUCUCGCCCUCCCACCGCGGCUCGGCCCCGCAAACCUCUCUCGGGAGGGCUUCGCCUUGGAGCGCGGCGGGCCAGCGGUAACCGGGGCGCAGUGCCCCGCGGCAGCCCAGCCAGCCUGGCGGCGGCGGAGCCCGGGAGUCCCGGGGAGGAGCUGGGGCGGGCCGGGGGCGGGCCGUGCCGGGCAGUGCCGGUGCAGGCGGCGGGGCUGCUGGGCGUCCUGCGAGGUGCAGUCGCGCACAUGGGGACACACCGCGUCGUGCUGUCGGGCCCCGGGCCCUGGGGCUUCCGCCUGGUGGGCGGCCGGGACUUCGAGCAGCCCCUCGCCAUCUCCCGGGACAGAGUCAAAAGUCUGGUCACCACUUGUAAAUGAGGAGGGAAAGACGCAUCCUUAUAAGAUGAAUCUGGCCUCUCAACCACAGCAGAGACCGACGCAGUUUCCACGUGCAUUCAGCAUGACAUGCCAGCCUGCUGGUCUGACCAGCUGCCCUUUGCCAAUGAGCCCGAUGCAGGCUCCUGUCGCCUCCAUCUAUAACCCUCUGCAGGUGCAGACCUCCGAGCGGAGGCACAGCACCUCCUCCAUCCCCAGCCAAGUCCGAGUGGGGCCUGAGCAGCUGAAGCGCACGGCUCAGAUCUGCCCCAAGAGCCCUGUGGAAGUGGAGGUGCCGGGACUCAAAGUGCUACACAUGCAGUUCAAUUCUCCCCUGCAGCUCUAUUCACAGAGCAACAUCAUGGAUUCCCUGAAGGGGCAGAUCUCUUCUGUUAGCCCUGAUUUCCCCAGUUUAGAUCAGCAUAACCAGCCCCCAGGAAGUAUUGUCAUCGACAGAGAAUCUGAGGUUUACAAGAUGCUCCAGGAGAAUCAAGAAUCAAAUGAGCCACCCAGACAGUCUGCUUCUUUCCUUGUGCUGCAAGAAAUCUUGGAGUCAGAAGAAAAAGGAGACCCCACCAAACCAUCUGGAUUUAGGAGCGUCAAAGCCCCCACCACAAAGGUGGCCUCAUCGAUUGGGAAUGCCCAGAAGCUGCCCAUGUGUGAGAAGUGUGGAUCUGGCAUUGUAGGGGUGUUUGUGAAGAUCCGGGACAAGCAGCGACACCCCGAGUGCUAUGUGUGCAGUGACUGCGGCACCAACCUCAAGCAGAAAGGACACUUCUUCGUGGAAGACCAAAUCUAUUGCGAGAAGCACGCACGGGAGCGGGUGAUUCCUCCAGAGGGCUACGAGGUGGUCACCGUCUUCCCAAAGUAAACUGCACUGCUCACAAAGCCAGUGUGGAUGGUUUAUCCCCUGCUGCUUUUCCUUGAAAAGCAUCAUCCCUGCCUGCCUGCCGAAUCUUGUUUGCAAUAAGGAAUGCUAGGCAUGGCUUUGAAUUUCCUUGCCAUUAUUAAUCCUCCAUUUGUUCACAUGAGAUGUCACUAAUUGUUCAACAUUCUUUUUGUUUCCUCUUGGCUUUUUCCUAAUACACAGAAUUAUAUUUUUUUUCCCCUCCUUUGCACUGUCAAUCACACAGGAAAAUCAGAGGCCAAAGUCACAUUACCACUCUCUUGUGUCUCAGUUAUUUGCCUUUUGUUUGCAUUCAAUAAACGGGGUGAAUCUACAA